CCUCUUGGACUUGGAAUAUCGAAUAGUGAUCAAGUAGGGCACGACGGCCUCCGAGGUUUCCUAAUAACGAGGGUAACUUGAACGCAGCGGGAGCCAGCCUGGUUGUGAAAAUCAGGACGAGCUCCUCUUCAUCCCUGUGACUGAAAAAAACACAGGCAGGGAGACGGUGGGGUGGAGUACAGGAAGCUGCUGUCUCCGACAAUCGGAACAUGGGCGAAAUCUAAUAACGCUUCUUUUUUUAUAUAUAUCAUAUUUUCCCGGACGGGGAGGCUGCGGAGAUUUGUGAUAUUUUCCUGGAAUUAAUUGGAGAUUUGACACGAACAGCGAGAAGAUGUCUCGGGGAGUGAUCCAGCCCAGCCAGCAGAAGCUGGCAGAAAAACUCACCAUCCUCAACGACAGAGGCAUCGGGAUGUUGACCCGUGUUUACAAUAUCAAAAAGGCAUGUGGUGAUCCCAAGGCUAAGCCCUCCUAUCUCGUUGAUAAGAACUUGGAGUCGGCGGUUAAAUUUAUCGUCAGAAAGUUCCCUGCAGUGGAGACGCGGAAUAACAACCUGGCUCAGCUGCAGAAAGAAAAGUCAGAGAUUCUGAAGAACCUGGCUCUCUACUACUUCACCUUUGUGGAUGUCAUGGAGUUUAAGGAUCACGUGUGUGAGCUGCUGAACACCAUUGACGCCUGCCAGGUCUUCUUUGACAUUACGGUGAACUUUGACCUGACCAAGAACUACCUGGACCUGGUGGUGACUUACACUACUCUGAUGACAAUACUCUCUCGCAUUGAGGAGAGGAAGGCCAUCAUAGGGCUGUACAACUAUGCCCACGAGAUGACCCAUGGAGCAAGUGACCGGGAGUACCCCAGGCUGGGCCAGAUGAUCGUGGAUUACGAGAACCCUUUGAAGAAGAUGAUGGAGGAGUUUGUUCCACAUGGAAAGUCCCUGUCGGAUGCUUUGAUCAGUCUUCAGAUGGUUUAUCCCAGGAGGAAUCUGUCUGCUGACCAGUGGAGGAACGCCCAGCUGCUCUCUCUCAUCUCUGCUCCCUCCACCAUGCUUAACCCUGCACAGUCGGACACAAUGCCGUGUGAAUACCUUUCACUGGACGCAAUGGAGAAGUGGAUUGUUUUCGGUUUCAUCCUGUGUCAUGCUGUGCUGAACAGCGACGCAGCAGCAUUGUCUCUGUGGAAGUUAGCUCUGCAGAGCUCCACCUGCCUCUGUCUGUUCAGGGAUGAGGUCUUCCACAUCCACAAGUCUGCAGAGGAUCUCUUUGUGAACAUCAGAGGGUACAACAAACGAAUUAAUGACAUCAGAGAGUGCAAGGAGCAGGCCUUGUCUCAUGCGGGCUCCAUGCACCGAGAAAGACGCAAGUUUCUCAGAUCUGCUCUGAAGGAGUUGGCUACGGUUUUAGCCGAUCAGCCUGGACUUCUGGGUCCUAAGGCGUUAUUUGUAUUCAUGGCAUUGUCGUUUGCCCGUGAUGAGAUCAUCUGGCUGCUUCGACAUGCAGACAACAUCCAGAAGAAAAGCACAGAUGACUUCAUAGACAAACACAUAGCUGAAUUGAUUUUCUACAUGGAGGAGCUCAGAGCUCACGUCAGGAAGUAUGGCCCUGUGAUGCAGCGAUACUACGUCCAGUACCUGUCUGGAUUUGAUGCUGUGGUGCUUAAUGAACUUGUCCAGAACCUGUCGGUGUGUCCGGAGGAUGAGUCUAUUAUCAUGUCUUCAUUCGUCAACACGAUGACCUCUCUCAGUGUCAAACAAGAAGACGGAGAGGUGUUCGACUUCAGAGGCAUGAGACUUGACUGGUUCAGGCUGCAGGCCUACACCAGUGUCUCUAAGGCAAGUCUUGGUAUAGCUGAUCACAAGGAGCUGGGUAAAAUGAUGAACACCAUCAUCUUUCACACCAAGAUGGUGGACUCUCUGGUGGAGAUGCUGGUUGAAACAUCAGAUCUGUCCAUCUUCUGCUUUUACAGCCGUGCUUUUGAGAAGAUGUUCCAACAGUGUUUGGAGCUUCCCUCUCAGAGCCGACACUCCAUCUGCUUCCCUCUGCUCUGCACACACUUUAUGUCCUGCACACACGAGCUCUGUCCUGAGGAGCGCCACCACAUAGGGGACCGGAGCCUGUCGCUGUGUAACAUGUUUCUGGAUGAGAUGGCGAAACAAGCCAGAAAUCUGAUCACGGACAUCUGCACUGAACAAUGUACACUCAGCGACCAGCUGCUCCCAAAGCACUGUGCGAAAACCAUCAGCCAGGCCGUGAACAAGAAGAGCAAGAAGGCAACGGGGAAGAAGGGAGAGCCUGAGAGAGAGAAGCCGGGAGUGGAGAGCAUGAGGAAGAACAGACUACUGGUCACCAAUCUGGAUAAACUCCACACAGCACUAUCUGAACUCUGCUUCUCCAUAAACUAUGUUCCCAACCUGGUGGUGUGGGAGCAUACAUUCACACCCAGAGAGUACCUCACCUCACACCUGGAGAUCCGAUUUACCAAGUCUAUAGUGGGGAUGACCAUGUACAACCAGGCUACUCAGGAGAUAGCCAAGCCCAGUGAGCUGCUGACAAGUGUCAGGGCCUACAUGACGGUGCUUCAGUCCAUAGAGAACUACGUCACCAUCGAUAUCACCCGCGUCUUUAACAACGUCCUCCUGCAGCAGACACAGCACCUGGACAGCCACGGGGAGCCCACCAUCACCAGCCUGUACACAAACUGGUACCUGGAGACGUUGCUCCGCCAGGUUAGCAAUGGACACAUUGCCUACUUUCCUGCCAUGAAGGCCUUUGUCAACCUGCCCACAGAGAACGAGCUGACUUUCAACGCUGAGGAGUACUCUGACAUCUCUGAGAUGCGUUCCCUGUCAGAGCUUUUGGGACCAUACGGUAUGAAGUUCCUCAGUGAGAGUCUAAUGUGGCACAUCUCAUCACAGGUUGCUGAACUGAAGAAACUGGUUGUUGAAAACAUGGAGGUGUUGACCCAGAUGAGGACGAGCUUUGACAAACCAGAACACAUGGCUGCCCUCUUCAAGAAACUCACCUCUGUGGACAGUGUGUUGAAGAGGAUGACCAUCAUUGGAGUCAUCCUGUCAUUCCGCUCCUUGGCUCAGGAGGCUCUGAGAGACGUGUUAUCCUGUCACAUUCCCUUCCUGGUCAGUUCAGUGGAGGAUUUCAAAGACCACAUUCCCAGAGAGACAGACAUGAAGGUGGCCAUGAAUGUCUACGAGCUGUCAUCAGCAGCAGGUUUACCCUGUGAGAUCGACCCAGCUCUCGUGGUGGCUUUGUCCUCACAGAAAAGUGAGAACAUAAGUCCAGAGGAGGAGUAUAAGAUCGCAUGUCUGCUGAUGGUGUUUGUGGCCGUUUCCUUGCCAACACUGGCAAGCAAUGUCAUGUCACAGUACAGCCCUGCCAUAGAAGGCCACUGCAACAACAUCCACUGCCUGGCCAAAGCCAUCAACCAGAUAGCUGCUGCUCUCUUCACCAUCCACAAGGGGAGCAUAGAGGACCGCCUCAAAGAGUUCCUGGCUCUCGCCUCCUCCAGCCUGCUUAAGAUCGGUCAGGAGACGGACAAGAUGACGACGCGCAACAGAGAAUCUGUUUACCUCCUGCUGGACAUGAUUGUGCAGGAGUCUCCCUUCCUGACCAUGGACCUGCUGGAGUCCUGCUUCCCCUACGUCCUGCUGCGAAAUGCCUACCACGCCGUCUACAAACAGAGCAUCAGUGCUAACGCAUAGAUAAAAAAACACACCACACAACAAAGGUUCAUCAUACUGUUUACCAUCAGAGCGUGUAGAUGUGUACACAACAACAAAUACAGACUAGCAACACAUACUGACAACAAACUUAACACACUAAACUAUGCCUAAAAUGCCUCAACUUAACAUUCUGAUAAAAGAAACCAUCAGUGUGUGACAUGUACAUAAAAAUGUUGAAGCACACAAUGCGUGAUAUUUAAAGAAGAUCACAACCAAUACACUGAACACUAAAAGAAAAUGCAGAUCAACAAUAAUUCAAAAAAUCAGACAAACACAAACACUAGCUGGAGAAGGUUGGGAUCAGUGUCUUUAUUUUAAUCAUUGUACUUUUUCAUGAUGUUGCCAGGGACCAUAACCAUAGCAACACAUAAUAUACCAUAUGUUUGGUUGGUAUAAAAGAACAAAAAUAUAAAUAUAUAGUAUAUAUAUAGUUGACACUAAAAUAUUUUCUUUCUUUUGUUCCAUUUUUCGAUAAAGAUUUGAGAUUUUAGUGACCAGCUGACAACUUUUAUGUGGUGAUGGAUUUGGAUGCUUACUUUGGGAAUGCACAUGAUGUGAUGUGGGUUAUUAUUAUUUUCUGUUUCGCUUUUAUGGAAGAGGGUGGGUGAGGAUUCCUGGUGUUGAUAACGAAAGAGUUGUUGCUUGUUAAUGUAAGUUUACACUAAAAUACACACUGACAGACAUCCUGAGCAGAAAUCAAAAUACAUUUACACACCAAUCUUUCAACAUUUCAUUCUAAACACAGACAUUUGUAUAACAUGGUGAUAUUUUCUUUCUUUUUUCAAGCUAGUCGUAACAUGAGAUUUUUGUGGGUAAAGAUAUAAUAUCUGUAUUCUACUUUGAUGUGAACUGAACUUGUCUGUUUUUAAUGUUUAUGUUUUGUUAUUUUUAUGAUGAUGACAAUGAUGAUGACGAUUUGCCAAAUGUGUUGACACUAAAAAAUUGUGUAUCAGGGCUUGAAAGUGGUGGAGUGUUUGGGUAUUAAUGGGUGAAAGGCCAUUUUAAGUGUUGAGUUUAAAGAUGGACAUUAUGGAAACAAUCCGCCUGACUUUGCGGCAGCUCGGUUAAACAAAGGAGGGAACACAAGAACUUUUACAGAGGGAACAAAAUACAAUAAACUUCAGUAAUACUACUAAAAACCUAAAGUACACCUGCAAAUAUUCUUUAUAGCUGUUUUAAGUCAAACUCUGGAUAAAGUCAAGGUCCAGUAGGUUCUGCUUUUUUUUUCCUCAAGUGGUGAAAAUCGGAUAAAAAUGAUCACCUACAAAAUGCUUUCUCCAGCCUCUGAAAAGAGGAUGGUAUUUUGCUUUCUGUGUCUGAUUUUUACAGUUGCAGCCUUAUAGUGUGGGCAGGCAGCAGGCCCUACUGAAGCAGCUGGAGUGAUAGUGCCUUGCUCUAAGGUACCUCUUACAGCAGCUGUCAGGGUUCCACCAUACACGUCAUGGUUAGAUAAAAAUGCGCAGUCCAGAACCUUUAAUAUAGACAAGGAGUACAAUUAAAUGCAUACAUUUAAAGAAGUCCUCCACAGAGAAACUUUAAAAGCUGAAUUGAUCUCACAAACAAAAACCUGGAGCUGCAAUAAGACUUAAAAUAAAUGUAAAUACACCCUGGGUGAUGUGUUCACUGCAUUUCUAAAGUGUGGUUGAUGGGACAUCCUCCAGUGAACUUUGCAUUUAAAGCAGUUAGUUUUGCCACGGUUGAUCAGGAUUUUUUUUUAAACACAUAGGGAUGAAAACUUUUACAAAGUGCAGACUGAUUUAUUUUUUUCUCCAUUGAGGCAUGGCAAAGGGCUACAUAAUGAGACACAAACCAUGCUCCCUUUAUGCCAGCCCUCUGCUGAUGUAUUACUAACACCAGGGAUCUGUCUGAACACUCAUACUGCAUACUAUUUUACUUCGAUCUAUUUAAGUUUAACUGAAGCAGUUGGAAAGUGAAGUCAAAUUAAUACUAUGUAGCAGGAAAACAAAAUAAACUGGGCUGGUCAGCACAGUACUGCGGAUAACCACUCUACAUAUGUUGUGUAUAUAAGUUAGUAGUAUGCAUUGUAAGCAUGUAAAGACAGAUCCAUGGACUCAUUCUGCCGUUGGAUGUAGAAUGGUUGCUGUUUUUUUUUCUAACCUCUUCUUUUGUGUCUCUGAUUCCACCGUGUAACUUAAUGACAUGAACAAAAUAAACUUUAGGGCUGUGUCAGACCUGAGCUGUGA